AUGUUAGGGCGUGUCGGCAGAAAAGCGGCAUUCGGACGGAUAACUGGUUUAUUGGUUCACGAUAACUGGUUUAUUGGUUCACGUAUUUAUUGGUAUGCUUUACGUUUCAUAUACGUUUGGUCACAGGAACUUUAUUCGUUGGACUUUUGUAAAGUGCAAAUUGGACUCGACUUUUCUACAAUCGUCGAUUGGAACAGCUAUAUGAGGGAGGUCUGCGCCAAUUCUUUAAUGAAUCAUUGUGACGGAAAGAUAGGCGGUGUCGACAAGAUAGUAGAAAUAGACGAAACCAUGUAUACAAGGAAGUACAACGUCGGCCGCGUUUUACCCCUUCAAUGGGUGUUCGGACAACUAUGCCGAGAGACAAAGGAAUGUUUCUUAGUUCCAGUGCCAAAUCGAUCGGCAGAAACUUUGUUGAGGGAAGUGGUAAAACACGUUAAUGAAGGAACCACAAUUUAUUCGGAUUGUUGGAAAGGUUAUAAUACCAAACAAUUGCAAGAAGCUAGUUACUUUCAUUACCAAGUGAAUCACAAAUUAAAUUUUGUCAAUGCAGAUUCCGGAUGUCACACACACAACGUGGAGCGGUUAUGGGGAAGUUGCAAGAAACAGGGUCCGAAGAGGUACUUCGCGUCAUCAUCUCAACUCGUAUCUUAUCGAGUUUAUGUGGAGAAGAGAGAACCCAAAAAAGAAGCAUUUACAGCGAUCCUACGAGACAUCGCGAAAUUCAUGCUGCCGAAAAUUAAAAGGUUAUUGUAUACCUAG